AGUGACAACGGUGACAACAGUGACAACAGUGACAACAGUGACAACAGUGACAACAGUGACAACAGUGACAACAGUGACAACGGUGACAACAGUGACAACGGUGACAACGGUGACAACAGUGACAACGGUGACAACAGUGACAACAGUGACAACAGUGACAACGGUGACAACAGUGACAACAGUGACAACAGUGACAACAGUGACAACGGUGACAACGGUGACAACAGUGACAACAGUGACAACGGUGACAACAGUGACAACAGUGACAACAGUGACAACGGUGACAACAGUGACAACAGUGACAACAGUGACAACAGUGACAACGGUGACAAUGGUGACAACAGUGACAACAGUGACAACAGUGACAACGGUGACAACAGUGACAACAGUGACAACGGUGACAACAGUGACAACGGUGACAACAGUGACAACAGUGACAACAGUGACAACAGUGACAACAGUGACAACAGUGACAACAGCGACAACAGUGACAACAGCGACAACAGUGACAACAGCGACAACAGUAACAACAGUGACAACAUUGACAAUGGUGACAACAGCGACAACAGUGACAACAGUGACAACAGUGACAACGGUGACAACAGUGACAACAGUGACAACAGUGACAACAGUGACAACGGUGACAACAAUGACAACACUGACAACAGUGACAACGGCGACAACUGUUACAACAGUGACAACAGUGACAACAGUUAAAGAAGUGACAACAAUGACAACGGUAACAAGAGUGACAACAGUGAAAACGGUGACAACAGUGACAACAGUGACAACAGUGACAGCAGUGACAACUGUGACAAUGGUGACAAUAGUGACAAAGACAACAGUGACAAACAGUGACAAAGGUGACAACGGUGACAACAGACAACGGUGAAAACAGUGACAAUGGUGACAACUGUGAAAAGAGUGACAGCAGUGACAACGGUGACAACAGUGACAAUGGUGACAACAGUGACAACAGUGACAACAGUGACAACGGUGACAACGGUGACAACAGUGACAACAGUGACAACAGUGACAACAGUGACAACUGUGACAACUGUGAAAAGAGUGACAGCAGUGACAACGGUGACAACGGUGACAACUCUGACAACAGUGACAGCAGUGACAACGGUGACAACAGUGACAACGGUGACACACUGACAACAGUGACAGCAGUGAAAUUGGUGAAAUCGGUGACAACUGUGACAACAGUGACAGCAGUGACAACAGUGACAACUGUGACAGCGGUGACAAUGGUGACAGCAGUGACAACAGUGAAAACAUUGACAAAGGUUACAACGGUGACAACGGUGAAAACAGUGACAACGGUGACAACUGUGAAAAGAGUGACACCAGUGACAACGGUGACCACGGUGACAACUGUGACAAUAGUGACAGCAGUGACAACGGUGCUAGCAGUGACAAUGGUGACAGCAGUGACAAUGGUGACAAUGGUGACAACAGUGACAACAGUGACACAGUGACACAGUGACAGCGGUGACAAUAGUGACAGCAGUGACAACAGUGAACACAGUGACAACAGUGACAACGGUGACAAUAGUGAGAUCAGUGACAACUGUGACAACUGUGAAAAGAGUGACAGCAGUGACAACGGUGACAACGGUGACAACUCUGACAACAGUGACAGCAGUGACAACGGUGACAACAGUGACAGCGCUAACAACGGUGACAGCAGUGACAACAGUGACAAUAGUGACAACGGUGACAACAAUGAAAACAGUGACAACGGUGACAACUGUGACAGCAGUGAAAACCGUGAAAUUGGUGACCACUGUGACAACAUGGACAACGGUGAAAACAGUGAGAGCAGUGAAAACGGUGACAACGGUGACAACUGUGACAACAGUGACAGCAGUGACAACAGUGACAGUGGUGACAAUAGUGACAGCAGUGAGAACAGUGAAAACAGUGACAACGGUGACAGCAGUGACAACGGUGCUAGCAGUGACAAUGGUGACAGCAGUGACAAUGGUGACAAUGGUGACAACAGUGACAACAGUGACACAGUGACACAGUGACAGCGGUGACAAUGGUGACAGCAGUGACAACAGUGAACACAGUGACAACAGUGACAACGGUGACAAUAGUGAGACAGUGACAACUGUGACAACAGUGACAACAGUGACAACGGUGACAACGGUGACAACAGUGACAACAGUGACAACGGUGACAACGGUGACAACAGUGACAACAGUGACAACAGUGACAGCGGUGACAACGGUGACAGCAGUGACAACAGUGACAACUGUGACAACGGUGACAACAGUGAAAACAGUGACAAC